UGGACGAGCCAUUCAUUGUCUUUCCAAAGUUGGGGAAGAUCUGUAUAUGGAACCAUUGGAGACAGGUUUGGCAUUACGAGCAGUUAACUCUUCUCGGUCAGCUUAUUCCUGCUUCUUGUUCAGUCCAAGUUUCUUUCUUCGCUAUGACGAUAGGAUAGAUACCCCAUCUCAAGCCUCCCAGGAUGCUGAAGAGACUACCAGAUGGAGAGUCACAAUGAAGUCCUGUUUAGCAGUCUUCAAAUCAUUGUCUAAUCUAGAGAAGAAUGUAGACAGAUGUAACAUUAAUCUUGAUGCCGAGGAUUGCCGACUUGUCUUUCAGCUUCACUGCAGACAUGGUAUUGUGAAGACCUACAACUUAGUCUACCAAGAAACAGAGACCCUUCAAGCAGUCUUCUCCAAAGACCUCUGUCCAAACAGGAUUACUGCUCCAGCAAAAUUACUAGCAGAGGCAGUAGGAAGCUUCCAGUCAUCUCAAGAAGAAGUCACUAUGUUUGUCACCCCUACACAGCUUGGUUACAAGAACUAUGUUGAUGAUGAACCAGAUCCAACCAAAGUGGUACAUUCUGAACUGCGUCUUGUACCUGAGGAGUUUACAGAGUAUCUCAUUGGAGUAGAUACAGAAGUCACAUUCUCUCUCAAAGACCUCAGGGCAAUCCUGUCAUUCUCUGAUGCUGCUGGCCUUCCACUGUCUGUUCACUUUGAAACACCAGGAAAACCCAUUGUAUUCAGUGUAGAGUCUGAGCAGACAUUAGAGGCUACAUUUGUUCUGGCUACCUUGACUGAAGUGUCCAGUAGUCAAGUGACCGGUGCCUCCCAGCAGGCCAGAGCAAGUCAAGCUGCUCCAGUCAAUCCUCAGCAGAGACACAAAAAGAAGAAUAAUCCUAGGAAAAGUUCUACUGCUGGCCCAGGUUCUAGGAAGAAUCAAUCAAACAAUAAUGGAGACGAUAGGAGAAUGCCUAAUGGGCACACAACAAGAGAUGAAUAUGAAGACGACUUUCCUGAUGAUCUAAUGGCUGACUUAUUAAAUAGGAAUGAAAGGACAGUCAACCAAACAAAUGAAAAUGUUGCUACAGGGCCUCCUGUUUCAUCCAGGCUAGACCCUACCCCAUCCACUUCCAAGGACAAUGACGACACAGCUUUCACAUCCAGCCCUGUCAUCCCCUUUGACUCCGCCCUUAGUCACAGGUUUCAGAAGACGGUCAACGAUCAGAGUCACCAUGAUGACCGUCUCCAUCCACCAGAGUCAGCGGAGGAGGAGGGGCAUAAAAGUCCUAACAGGACCUUACUGGCUAACUUCAUGGAUGAUGACAGCAGGGAAAGUUUAGGUGAUGGUGGUGGACCUUCACUCAUCAGAGAUGAGGGAGGAGGAGGGGAUAGAAAUAGUGAUGUAGACCUUGAUGAUGAUGACGAUGAUGAAUUCAACUUCAUCCCGGCCACUCCUCCAAGCAAAAAAUUUAAAUCUAUGUUCUUUGGUGCGUCACAGUCCCAGCAAUCACAGAGCAGUACCCAGAGGAGUAGACCCCCUCCAUCUCAGCCCCAUCAGGGAGGGGCUGUAACAGUACUGGCAGAGGAUAGUGAUGAAGACUGAUAUGAGCUACAUAUUCUACUACAUCCUAGAGAAGUGCCAGGCUUGUUAUGCCCUCAGUGGGCUGUGACAGUGAUUCAGAUUCCUUAGUCUGCCCAUCCUUGAGAGACAUUAAGGAUAGUUAUUGAUUGUCUGUGACAGUCAUCAAAAUGGGAUAUGAUAUUCAUCUUCAAAAUUCAAAUCUUAUGGGGCAGUGGAUAGUGAUAAAGGCUACUAUAGGUUUUUAUAUUUCACCCCAGCGUAGAUGAGAGAUGUUCCAUUCUUCUCACCCUAGAUAGGAAAUGGCUGGUGCACUAUUGGUGGAAGGAUAUAUUUUUAUAUUUCACUCCAUCUCUAAGGGCAGUUUAUUCCCAUCUAAGAGAAUGGUCUGGCAUUACACGCUAGGUAACAGGCCUGUAAUGUCAUCGCCAUCACUUAGCCAGGGAGGCCUGUUAUAGAUGCUAGCAAAGGAUAAGGAUAGUGGAUGAUAGUUCAAGCUCUGCUGUAAAUCCUUGUACCAUGUGUGUGCUCACAUUCAUGGGGAAAUGCAUUCCAAGGUAUGGAAGAAAAGUGAUAAUGGCUUUAUGAAGUACUAGAACAUAUUCUGUCAAAUCAGAUUCUUUAUAGUCAUUUUAGAUUAAAACAUGAUCUUGAAUUUCUGGUUGCAAACAAGCAUUUGAAUGUAAAGUUCAUUAUUUGUCAAAAUUUGAUUUUAGUUAGAAAAAUUUACUCCUACUUAUAAAAAAGAAUCCAGGAAAAUUGUGACGAUCUAAUCCAGCCAGUCUAAUGUUCUAGUCUGAUAUAAAGUCAUGCUUACCUUACAAACAACUUUAUGCUGUAGGAUAUAUCAACAUAUAAUAACAUAGUCUUACAUUUUCACAUAAUAUUGAAAAAAUAUUGAGUGUAAUGCAUUUCAGAAAGCAGAAUUGCCUUGUGGUAACGGUUGGGUAUUACAACUUUUAGAGACAUACCUAGUAUGCCAUUCCUGCUGUGAUAAUCAAAUGCAAACUUGAAAUAUCAUGUACAUGUAGCCCUCAUUUAAUUCACAGUUCUAAGAGAAUGUAGCCAUGAACUUUAUUGAGGUCAGAUAAUAAUGUUGUAGUAGCCGUGAAUGUUCUACAAAAGUAAAGUUUAUUAUAGUUUAGACAAACAGAUUUUAUCAUUCUAUUAUAAUGAUAUUAUGCGUUUAUAGGGUCAAAGCCACUGAAGAUGACCAAUUCGACAUUCAGAAUUGUGAACAAAUGAAGUUUUCUCAAAAUCAUUGUGACCCCAAAAGAAUGAAAGGCCACACUUAGGACUGAGUCAAAACGUUUAGAUGUUGUUUAAAUGAUCUUUAAAGCAUGAACGUUUUCUAAUUUUUACAACUGUUUGACUAUGUUACAUCCAUGAAAUGGCCAUCUGUUUUCUAUAUUUUCUUGGAAUUGUCUUGAUUUAGUUGGAAAAUAUCAAGAACAUGAAGAAUGUUCACUUCUUUCUUGAUUCUGAAAGAUCAAACCUAAAAGGAUUUGAUUAUGAAUUGAGAUUCUAGUCAAUAUCGAAAGCAAUAUCAUUUUGUGAAAGAUAUGAGACUAUCUAAGGGGGCUUUUGUGUCCGAUUUUGGACCAGCUAUGUGUAUAAGCCCAAGUGAAGACAUGUGGUAAAUGAAUCACGGAAUGCUGAUAAUCUAUGUAUGUUUCAUGUGAAAUAAUAUAUUGCUUAUAAAGUUUCAAACAUAUACCGGUAUGGCAAGGAUAACAUAUAUUACACAUGUAUAUGGUUCAGAGUUAUGAUAAAAUUAAUAAAUACAUUAUAGGCUGCAUGGCUCAUUAUGAUAAAUAUAAAGUUUCAAACAAUAUGGCAGGGAUAAAUAUGGUAACCACAUCAUAAAUGGCUGAAAGUUAUGAUAAACAUGAGAAUAAAUUAAAGUCAAAGUACCUGAUAACUGGUAUGUGAGAGCUCUAAGUACUCGUAUUUGCAUUCAGCUUGCUAUUUAAAGCAUUUAGCUUUGAAUGCAAUGGGUUUUUGUCAGACAAAAUGCCUGCUUUAAAGAUUCUUGUUGAGAGACUCUUGGAUCUUCAGUGUGGCAAAGAACUUGAUCACGAUCAACCCAUGUUUUAUCAGGUGAGGUCGGCGACAUGAAUGUAUUUUCCUUCACUUUGCCACUUGCAGCAUUCAUGACAGUUAUGUUUAUCUCUUUGUCAUCUGUUUCGAUAUCUUGACCGACAUACCAGUCAUCAUACACUGUGGCAGCCCAUUCCUCCGGAUGAAUACUUGGGUUGACCCUUCGGAGGUUUGUCAGUGGUAGGAUUCUCAUGUGGUUCAAUUGUCAUCGGCCUCUCUGACAUUGGAUGAGCCAUCUUUUGUGGAUUGUCAGAUGUUCUGUGAUGUCCAUCCAUAUCACACAUCGGCACUGCUGUGUCGGGAGCACAGAGUUUGGACAACAAUCUUCACAAUAGCAAGAGAGCUCAUGAGUUAGGAACUUCUGGUCACGUACAACUGCAUGCAGUUUUAAUGUGCCUGCAGUUGACUUCACUGAAGACCAUUUCUCUUGGAUUUCUUCUUUGGUUAAUGCAAAUUCAACUCUGCUAAAAGAGCUGUAUGUGAUCUUACUCUCUUCCCAUUCCUUCGAAGCCAGCCGUGUUGUAUGACCACUGUCUCUCUUUUGACAGCUUCAUCUGCAAGACUCUUUAUUGUUCCUCCUCUGGGCAGAUAUCUUAGUAGAUGCUACUUAUUCAAUGCCUUCAAUUCAUCAAUGUUGUGUCAGGAUUAUGUUUACAACCGAUCAAACUUAUUUUUUUUUUGAAAAUAUUUGAAUUCAUUUGAAUAAAUCGUAUGAUUCCAUCAUAUGACCUCUACUUAUUCAGUCAAAUCUGCCUUGUUGAUUUCACAGUUAAGAGAUAAAUGAGAUAAAGAGAUAAAUGUACAAUUUUAUUUAUUUUUGACCUGCAUGAAAUGAAAGUCAAACGUGGUCUGGUUCAUGGUUAGUUUUGUACUGCUGAAGUAACAAAGGACCAUCAUAUUUAGAACCUAUCCAAGCGACCUACUACAUAUGUUGAAUUGAUUUUAAGGGUUUAAUAAAGAAUUAAGUCUAUUGAUAUUUUCUUAGAAUUCUUCUGUCUUUAAUACACCUUUGUACUGAUAAGUUAUUCUUGGUUAAUCAAGCACUCUAGCCAUCAAGGUAGCUUUUCUUGUACAAAAGUGAAAGAUAUCAAAACUUAAAAAGAUUUUAUUAUACCAGUUUGCCAUUGUUCAGCAUUCACUUGCUUCUAAGGCCUUUGUCCUCCUAACUAGGCCACUUGGUUGUGAUGCCACAUCUCUGCUGAGUUAUUGUGCCUCUAUAUAAUUCAGUCAAAUUUUUUUUUUAUAAUAGAUUCCACUGUUACAUGUCUAUAUUUCAUGAAUCUUCUUUUGAUCUAUUAGAAAGAUUAUUUAUAUAUAUUCACUUUACUGUUAUCAAGUGUUUGAUAUUUUAUGAUGAAAUGUGUGACAUUGUGAUGAUUAUUAAAUCUCUUCUUUAAACCCAUGAUGAAAUAUUACUGAUGGACUCUUUAUAUGACUUGGAUAUCACAUAUUUUUUCACACCACCAUGCAAACCUUCAAACAUCAUAUGACUUAGAUUCGUGAGAAAACUUGAAAGUAAAAUUCAUU